AUGAGAGAAAUUAUCCACAUUUCGACAGGCCAGUGCGGUAAUCAGAUCGGUGCGGCAUUCUGGGAGACGAUUUGCGGCGAGCACGGGCUGGACUUCAACGGAAACUAUCAUGGCCACGACGACAUCCAGAAGGCGCGUUUGAAUGUGUAUUUCAACGAAGCGUCGUCCGGCAAAUGGGUGCCUCGUUCCGUGAACGUCGAUCUCGAGCCCGGUACCAUUGAUGCCGUCCGAAACUCGCGAAUUGGUAACCUUUUCAGACCUGACAACCAUAUAUUCGGCCAAUCGUCCGCUGGUAAUGUGUGGGCCAAGGGUCAUUACACCGAAGGUGCAGAGCUUGUAGACUCCGUUAUGGACGUGGUCCGUCGCGAAGCCGAAGGCUGUGACUCGAUCCAGGGGUUCCAGAUCACACACUCGCUGGGUGGUGGUACCGGCUCCGGUAUGGGUACUUUGUUGAUCUCCAAGAUUCGUGAAGAGUUUCCCGAUCGCAUGAUGGCUACUUUUUCCGUUGUACCCUCCCCUAAGACUUCCGACACCGUUGUGGAGCCUUACAAUGCCACUUUAUCAGUGCACCAGCUUGUGGAACAUUCCGAUGAAACUUUCUGUAUCGAUAACGAAGCCCUCUACGACAUUUGUCAAAGAACUUUGAAACUCAGUCAACCUUCUUACAGCGAUUUAAACCACCUGGUAUCGUCUGUGAUGUCGGGUGUUACCACUUCGCUACGUUACCCAGGUCAGUUGAACUCAGACUUGAGAAAAUUAGCCGUCAACUUGGUUCCAUUCCCACGUUUGCAUUUCUUCAUGGUCGGUUACGCACCUUUAACCUCUAUUGGGUCACAAUCCUUUAGAUCAUUGACUGUUCCAGAGCUUACACAACAAAUGUUCGACGCCAAGAAUAUGAUGGCUGCUUCAGACCCUAGAAACGGUAGAUACUUGACCGUUGCGGCUUUCUUCAGAGGUAAGGUAUCCGUCAAAGAAGUCGAAGACGAAAUGCACAAGGUUCAAACCCGUAACUCCUCGUACUUUGUGGAAUGGAUUCCAAAUAAUGUGCAAACUGCAGUCUGUUCAGUAGCACCCCAGGGUCUAGACAUGGCUGCCACUUUUAUCGGAAAUUCGACAUCUAUUCAAGAACUGUUCAAGAGAGUCGGUGAUCAAUUCGCUGCCAUGUUCAGAAGAAAAGCCUUUUUGCAUUGGUACACUAGCGAAGGUAUGGAAGAAAUUGAAUUCUCUGAAGCCGAAUCUAACAUGAACGAUUUGGUCAGCGAAUACCAACAGUACCAGGAAGCUACUGUUGAGGAUGACGAAGAGCUUGAAUACGCCGACGAGCAACCUUUACCGGAAAACUUUGAGUGA